AUGUCGUCUGGCCCUUACCCUCUAACGGACAUUCUUGCUGUCGCCCGAGUUCAUCCUUUCUACUCGCAGGAAGAAUAUCCCCCGACGGCCGAGACCCUAAACCAAGUGCUGUUGAAGUCCAAGGAGGAGGCGGGCAGCUCUCUGGAGCUCAAAUCCAUACCCCUGUUAAGAAAAGAAACACUGAGUAAGCAUGUCGCCCGACUCAUCGUCGACCAAGAUCCUCGCAAUGGCUAUCGUCAACAGAAUUACUGCACGGUGACCGGUGGCGGCUCUGGUGCGGCGCCAAUGAUGUUCGCGAUGGAUAGCUUGGAGAGUCGACUUCAACGAGCAGCGACGGGGACGUUGACGCGCAAUUGUGGACUACUGGAACCGGGAGACUGGGUGUUAACCGUCCACGUUUCAGGCAAUCUAUACAGGGUCAUCGAAUUUGUGACGGAGAUCAUGGAGAAAGCUGGAGCAGCAGUCUUCUGCGCGGGAGCAGACAUGGCAUAUCAAGAUGUCAUCAACACGAUGAUUCUGUAUAAAAUCAACGUGCUGGCGGGAGAUGCGGCACAGUUGGUCCAGGUCGCGCGCUUUAUCUCCUCGCUUCCAAAGGAGCAACAGCAAUUACUCGGAAUCACUAAAGUGUUUUACACCUCUGAUAUGCUGACUCCGGCUCAGCGGUCAUUUUUGCGGGCCGUAUUAGGGGACAUUAUCAUCUGCGCAUUGCUGGCGAGCUCCGAACUGGGGGGAAUCGGGGUGGCCUCCUCCACGCUCAUGGCACCCACGGACGAAAACUAUGCGGAGUACAUUUACGACCCUCGAGUGACACACCUCGAAGUGAUCCCCAUGUCAAUAGAGGAGCCAGACGAACGAGGUCUGUAUCGCUCGGAAUGCACCGAGAAUCUCCCAGAUGGAGAAGUAGGCCUCCUCGCGGUGACCAAUCUAUACCGAUUACGAAACCCUCUAAUCCGCUACCUUUGCGGCGACGUGGCCUCCAUCCAUCCCCUGCCUACGAGUGUACGGACUCGGCUUGCGGCCGCCGAGGAAGAUGUGCAACACUAUCGUGUGGUGCGAAUCUACGGAAGAGAUCGCCGCAUAAGCUUCACCUGGUGGGGGGAGUACUUUCACUUUAACUUGGUCCAGAAGGAGCUGCGCACCGCGAAAUGGGGGGUCCUGCAAUGGCAGAUUCUGCUUGGGUCCAAAGGAGAACCUGACAAUCCGGAUGACAAGAUGGAGGUACGAAUCAUGCGGAGCCCUGAGGAGCAUGUUGGGAUAAAUGGUCUCCUCCCCACCAAGGAGCUGACGAUCCAGAUAAGGAAGCUGUUCAAAGUGUACGACUUCAAUGAGGAACUAUUCAGUCUAACGUAUGUCUCCACUCUGGAUGGCUUUGAACGGAGUAAUACUGGCAGAAAGGUUGUGAAUUUUGUGGAUUGGAGGCAGUGA